AUGUCGUCGUCAUCAUCAUCAAGAAGAGAAUAUGUUUUCAUCGAAGUUGAUGCUACACAACAAAGAAAUACUCCAAAUUAUCCUCCAGAAGAUUUAAAAAUCGAAUUUCCACCUGUUUUUAAUGAAGAAGAACUUGGUUCUAAAAUUCUUCGCAAUUGCAACAACACUACCCGAGUACCAUCCAACCGAAGAAAACCACCAAAUGCAUUCAUUUUAUUUAGAAAGAAGUACCUUGAUGCAUUACACAGACGUGGUCAAAGAUAUCCAAUGAAAAAUGUUUCCGGGUGGGCGCGUGAUGCUUGGAAAUCAUUAGAUAAACAUCAAAAACAAGAAUAUGAAAGUAUUGCUACUCGGGCUGCAUCAUUAUAUCACGAAUGGGCUUCAUCUGUACCUAACAAGAAACGUCAAAAUAAAAAUCCACGUCGUAAGAAAAUUAUCACCGAUAAUAGUAUAAAUACACCCACACCUUUGUCAUCCGCAAAUUCAUCAGCAAUUAAUUCACCUACUUCACCCCUUUCUUCAAAUAAUUUUCCACUUGAAAAUUUACAUUCUAAUACUGUACAUAAUAAUAUUUAUUCUGCUUCUUAUUUUCCAUCACCACCGUCUAAUGAUUUUACUUACCAAUUUCCAGGUCUUUCGUCUAACGAACCAUUUGAUACAGAUGAAUUCGUAUCUCCAGCUAUGAAUUCACAAAAGGUUGAUGAAUAUAGUGCAUACUUAAAAGAAGAUAAUAAUAUUGAUACUAUCAUCGAUAAUAAUGAUGCUAAUGCCAAUUAUAUGGCUUCUGAUAAUGGAACAAAUGGUAUUAAUUUUUUCUUUGAAUCUACCCAUUUGAAUUUCCCUUAUAUUGAUGCUUUUAAUAACAAUUAUUGUUGUUUUGAAUUUCCAAAUGUUCUGGUUGAAGAUCUUUCUAAUCAAAACAGUUAUCUUCAAUGGAUGAUUGCUCAACAGUCGGAAUAA